AUGGCUGAUAACACCAUCACGCUCGCCGAGUACCUUUUCGUUCGCCUCUCGCAACCUGGCUGUCGUGCUCUUCAUGGACUCCCGGGAGACUUCAAUCUGACAUUGCUCGACUAUGUGGAAAGCAGCGGACUGAAGUGGGUUGGCAACGCCAACGAGCUCAAUGCUGGCUAUGCUACCGAUGCGUACGCUCGUAUACACGGCAUUGGGGCAAUGUGUACAACAUUUGGGCUCGGAGAGCUCUCUGCUGUCAAUGCUAUCGCUGGCUCGUAUGCUGAGAGAGUGCCUGUGGUGCAUAUCGUGGGCACGCCUGGUCGCCCCAGUCAACGCAACGGCAUGUUGCUUCAUCACACGAUCACCAUUGCUCAAGCCGACCUCAUCGACCCGACCACUGCUCCCUUUGAGAUUGACAGGGUGCUGCGGACAUGCUACAUCGACUCCCAGCCCGUCUGCAUUCAGCUACCGACAGACAUGGUAGCAGAAAGUAUUGGCGCCGAGCCGCUCAAAACACCAAUCGAUGUCUCGCCCCAUCCCAGCAACACCGAAGCAGAGAAGCUAGCACUACAGAUCGUCCUCGACAAACUCUACGCAGCUAAGCGACCCGCCUUCUUGAUUGACGGAGCAUUGGAGAGCAGCGACCUCAUCAUCACAAUCGGCACUAUCCAGUCAGAUCUCAACACUACAGGAUUCACCUACCAGAUCUCAAAGCUGAACACCAUCGACAUCGAGUACGAUUGUGUCCAAGUUGGCUAUGCGAAGUUCGACAAAGUCUACUUCAAGUCUUUCGUGCCUCCGAUGGAACAGCAACUUGACCCAGCCCGGUUGGCACAAACGGCAUAUUCGAUACCGAAGAUCUCUCUGCACACACCCGUCGAUACAGAAAGUCAGCUCAUCACACAUGCCUACCUAUGGCCUCGUGUUUCCAAGUUCCUGAAACUAGGCGACUUCGUGAUCUGUGAUGCAGGCACCUCGUUCGUGAGUGUAUGGGACGCAGUUCUUCCUCGAAAUGUUCAAGUCAUCAAUCAGAUCCUCUGGUCAAGCAUUGGCUACGGUGUUGGUGCAGCACAAGGAGCAAGUCUGGCAGCAAGAGAACUCGGCAAGGGCCAACGAAUCAUCGUCUUCGAAGGCGAUGGCUCGUUUCAGCUGACAGCUCAAGAGCUGUCGACGAUCAUUCAUCACGAUCUCGAUGUGACCAUGUUCGUCAUUGAGAACGAUGGGUAUGAAAUUGAGAGAUGGCUCCAUGGAUGGGAGGCAAGCUACAAUGACAUACCGCAAUGGCAGUAUUCGAAGCUGCCGGAGGUACUGACGACGCCAGACUCCCCACACAAGGUCAGGACGUGGAGGAUCAAGACCCGAUCGGAGCUGGAGGCACUCCUGAACGACUCUACAUUCGCCGAGGGCAAAGGCUUGCAACUCGUGGAGAUGCACAUGCCACGUGGUGAUGCGCCAAAGACGUUGCGAGACUUUGCAGCACGGAGGCAGUGA